GUAAGGAAAAAUACCUAAAACUUCCAAGCUCCUUUCAGAAUUAAAGCUGAUCAAGUUGGUAAACGGCAAGCAGCAUUACUUAUACCGAGGGUUUUCCUACUGCCCUGAAAGGACCAGGCCCGGGCGUUGGAGGUGUACCCAAGGAUGCAGAGCAUACCUAAAAGUGUCGGAAGGGAAGCUGAAGAGGGCAUACCACGCACAUAAACACCCGCCUCCGAAGUACAUCAAAUUACAAGAUGGCUUUUACAGGAAAAUAAAAAGACAACGGAAGAACCUUUAACCAGAGUAAAUACAAAUGAAUCAUCUUCGAAAGUCAUUACUGAUGUCAUUAAGUCAUUUUCUUAGCACCGAACCAAAAGAACAGACUAGUAAUAACGAACAGAAAAAUAAACAUAAGAAACAAAAGAAGAACAGAAGGGUCGGAUCUGUAUCAUACAAAAUAAAAAAUAAAGAUCUUAAAGAUAAAGGCAAAGAAUAUGUUACAAAAAAAGGAAAAGUGAUCGCAGAAAAAACAAUUAGAGAAAAUCCUUGUGCACCUGGAAAAUGUCCAAGGGGUUGUUAUGAGAUAACUGAAGAGCAAAGGAGGACCAUUUUUAAUUUAUACUGGAGUCUCGGUGUGCACCGUCGUUCUGAUUUUUUGAUUCGCUGCGCUAAAAUUGGAUCUAUAAAGAGAAAGAGACAGAAAGACUCUGACAAAAGGAAAUUCACAGUAGAUUACUAUAUCAAUGUAGGUAAAGAUCAUAAACAAGUUUGCCAGCAAUUUCUUCUCUCUACUUUGGAUGUAACUCAAGGACAUAUACAAUACACUCUAAGAAAUGCAAAAGAAGUGUUCAAUAAACGGAGAAAUACUUACAGAAAAUAGGAUAUAAUAGGUGUUUUAUUAUUUUUCAAAUCAAUUGUAUUGAAUUUCGUACAAACAAAGAAUAAUAAAUAUA